AUGAGUGGUGGAAUACGCGCGAUUUUCGCAAUUUUUGGUGGGUUUUGGCAAUUCUGCAUUCUAAGUCUGACCAGCACGCUCUCGAUACGCCUGAACAAAAAUCCCUUUCCUUAUAAAUACACCACCAGCAAUGUCCUGGGUACCAGCGAUGAAUUGUUAGGUCACGUGGUUAUGGAAAUCCUUGCUGAUUGGGGCCAAUUGCUCUCAGCAUCACUUUCACUUUUUUACUCCACCAACAUGCCGUUUAACGACGAAGAGCUAGCGGCGACUCUAGCAAUAAAUAAUACGUACAUAGCCUCAAAGAGUUGCGAGAAGCGCGCCCCUGGAAUUGUUGACUCCCUGUUCCUCUUCUGCAUUCAGUUCACACUAGUAAGCGUUAGGGUUGCUCUUGGAUUCCUUUAUGUCUCCUUACAACUACCUGUUUUGCCAAGGAUGUUUGCGGUUCUUGUGAGACUCCUCAAGCCAAAGCUGGCCACCCCCUUCUUUCCUCCUAAUAUUCACCAUAAACACUCCUAUGACUUUGUCCUUGUCCUAGCAAUCACUGUCGCAAUUUUAACGCUUGCUCAUCAUGUCUACUACAUCUACGCAACGUUGUCAAUACCUCGUUCCACUCCACAAGCCUCGGACGACACCCCAGCCUUGGGCGAUAGGACUACAACUGUGUCCGAUAUCGGGACUCCGCUGGUUGUCGUUCUCAAUACUGUUACGAUUACAAACGUGUACGAGUCUAGUUCAGUGCACUACGGCCCCGAAGCCAGUGUCACCCUAAAUGGCCUCAUUGAGGAGGACAGCUAUCAACAUGUCAUUCCUCAACGCCACGAGUACGAACCGCCACCUUACCCCAAAUUCCUUUACCCAGCAUUGUUUUCAGAUGCCGCUAGGGCGCGAACGGCUACAACCCCCAAGCCACACACCAUGGUAAUGGAUUAUUCUUCGAGUGAUAACUGCACCUGUAUGAGAGUCUAUGUCGUCCAGAUGUACCAAUUUUGGCCUUGCCAUAUGGAUCAUAUAUCAUUCGGUUACGACGGCCUGGAAUUUGGUCUUUUCCCAGAGUCUCAUGGGCCUACUCGAGGGUUUUCAAAUACGUUUCUCACCAUCCCCCUAGCUUAG